UUUUUUAUAACAAUAUGAACAAUGCGUGAUUGUUUCUAGAUUUUCUAGCUGUGUUUCACGACGAUUAUAUGUAGAACUACUUAUGACUUCCACGGUAUCAUUGCUAAGGAAUAUGUAUGUCUACUUAUGAGAAACUUCAUACGUCAACAUCGCACAAUAAUCAACAUUCAACUCAAAAGCAAUUUUCUCAAUGUAAAGAGUGCCCCCCUUACCAUAGAUGAAAUUAGCUCUCAUGCUUUACACUACGUGUAGGAAGAUCAAAGAUGUGUUCACUCCAAAAAGUCAAAUUCAAAAGCGGCUGAUUCUUAGCCGAAUUUUAUCUAAACGUUAUCUUGGAGAGGUCAACCACUCGCCAAAAUUUACGGAAUUUCAAGAUGAAUUGGAUUAUGUACACUAAUUUCCGAAAACUGUGUUCUGUGAGAAGUGUAUUUGUGUGGUUUAUAGUACUUACGACUUUGCCCAAUGUUGUUACAUGUUAUAAUGUAGAUAUAGAGCGCCCUUUGAUUUUCCACGGAAAACCUGGAUCUUAUUUCGGUGCUACGGCUGAAAUUGUUGUGGAUUCUAAAAAAUGGCUACUUGUUGGUGCUACAAAAGAUAAUUUCACCGACAGACCGGAAAUUCCAUAUCCUGGCAAUGUUUACGCAUGCCCUAUUGAUUUCCAUUCCCAGUCCAGUUGCAUAGUUUUACCAAGUUUGAGGACAGGAGAAAAUCAUGCAAAUGAAUCGCAGAACGUAUUUGAACAAAAGGAACAACUUUUAGGGGCAACUAUUCUUGUACCCGAGGACAAGAUGAAAGCCAUCAAGAUCUGUGCACCAAACUGGAAGAAUUUGCGAUUCUUCAAUCCAAAUGAUAAUGUGGAUGAUUACUAUCAAGUGACCGGAAAUUGUUUCCUUCUGAAAAACAGGUCAGACCUGGUGAAUAAACCGGAAGUAAGCAAGUUUCGAAUUCCCCCUGAUGUUCUUGACUUUUACAAGGCACCGCUAAUUGGAUUUUCACUUUCCGAUAUCAAGACUCCUGUUUUUGAAACGUUUUAUGGCGCUCCCAAUGUCGGAAGGAGUUCAACAGGAGGCAUUGUGGGAAAAAAUGAUGGCACACUGAAAAGCGUGACGUCAUUGAAACUGGAAGUAGAAAGGUCAGAGGUUAUAAAGAAUACCUACUUAACUGGGUCAUUAUUCGGCUAUAGCAUUGCGACAGGACAAUUGGGACAAAACCCGUUUCAUUUCGUGGUGGGCGCCCCUGGAUUCAGCAAUAAGAACGGAAAUAUUGGCGCUUUCUCUGUAUUUAUACUUGGUGCACCUCCAGUUCAAGUCAAACAGAUCGAAGGAAACCAGGUUGGAGGAGGAUUUGGUCAGACACUGUGUAUUGCUGAUGUUAAUGGCGAUAAAAACGAUGAGAUCCUGGUCGCGGCACCAAAUUGGUUUUCUAUGGAUGAUCAAGGAAACAAAGUUCUCAAUGACAUCGGAUCCGUUUAUAUAUAUUACGGCACAGGAACCUCAGCUAUAAUUGAUGAUAUGCCACAUGUACUACACGGUUCUUUGUCUCCGUUCUCAAGAUUCGGGACAGCUAUUGCCAAUAUUGGUGACAUAAACAAAGACGGAUAUAAUGAUAUAGCAAUAGGAGCACCUUUUGAGGAUAUUGAAGGGGCUGUCUACAUCUUCAAUGGAGGGAAAACAAGAUUAGAAGACAAACAUUCACAGAAAAUAACAGGAACCAAUGUAAAAGCAGGACUUCAGGGAUUCGGAUGGUAUAUAUCAAGAUCAGCAAUGGAUGUGGAUGACAAUAUGUAUAAUGAUUUUGCUGUCGGAGCAUACAAAUCGGAUACAGCUUUGAUUCUACGAUCCAGAAAUAUCAUUGAUAUCCACUGUGAUAUAACAACCAACCCAGACCGCAUCCCUCUAAACGCUAGCGGUAUAUCGUGCAGUGACGGUCAUGAUUUCAAUCCAUGUUUCUCCGUGUCUUUUUGUUUUAAUUUUACAGGAGAUGGAAUAAAGGAUACUGAAAUUGAUUUGACAAUCACUGUUGAUGCAAAUGAAACUCGUAAAAGGGCAGAAAUCAGCAGCCAAAGAAGUGACCUUUGGGCAAAGGACGUGUCUCGCUUUAUCGUGUUUUCUAAUAAACCUCACUGUUAUAGCUUAGAACUAAGAGUACCGCUCAUCGACAGAAGAUUUUUUCAAGUCUUGGAGAGACCGAUAGUUCUAAAAGUGAAGUACAGAAUAAGUAAUACAUCAGAAUCUGGAAGAGUUAGAGCUAUUCUGAAAAGGGACGUCACUCCAACAUUCUACGGAAAGGCACGCUUUGACACAGGAUGUAAAUCAGAAGAUGGAAUUUGUAAAUCAAAUCUGAAUCUCCGUGUGACCUUUGAUAAGAAAAGACUUCUCAUCGGCAAUGACACCAUCUUACAAAUGAGAAUAGUUUUGAAAAACUCUGGAGAACCGUCCUUCAAAACAUCAAUAAUAAUCGAACACUCUAAACUGGUGAGAUUCAAUACACUGAAAAUAAGUCAGUCAUCUGUGAAAAUGUCUUGUAUGGAUAUGAAAAACAAUAAAUCGAUUGAAUGUGAGAUUCAAGAUCCUUUUUAUCAACGUAUGAAAGGAGAACUCGAUGUGUUUUUCGAAGUUUCCAGAAGUGUGUUGGAAUCGACUUCCGGUUAUGUAUCUACAAGAAGCCUCGUUUUCAAUGUGACUUCCGUAACUAACAACGAUAUUUAUCCAGAAGAUAACACAGUUGUUAAAAAUGUACCUGUUGCCGCUUUUACUCAGACUACUCUGCAGGUGUCAGCAUCCGAUGAACAGAUAACGUCAGCCAACAGCAGUAUACAGUUCUCAAACAGUUACCGACUCUUCAACGACGGACCCUGUGUUAUAGAGACUGUGGAUCUACAGUUCCUAGUUCCUGUCAGGACUAAGAACAAAAUCUUCAUCAAAGAGGGUGAUCUCAAGGUACAAAAUAGUAACAAGAAAGACAUUUGCAAAAUGUCUUACUAUCCUCGUGAAAAUCUGAAAACUACAACCCCAAACCCCAUUUCCGGAAGUAGCACUCUGCAGUACAACACUUCUGGUAUAGGGCUUACACCAAUAAAUCCGGAUUUUCAACCAAUCAGAGGCAUGCUGGAGAGUUCGCAAUAUAUUUUUUGUGACAAUGUAGUUGGACCCUACAUGUGUGCAGUGGUCGACUGUACUGUGAAUAUGGUCAAGCCUGAGGACAGUGAUAGCAGAACAUUCGUGAUGCCCUUUGACAUCCUAUUGAACAAUCUACCUGAACUUGAAAAGGGGAAAUCUUUUUAUACCUUUGUUACACGUGGUCGUGUGGUUCCUAACAAGCGAUCAGCUGUGCCAUUGGUGUUGAGCAAAAACGUAUCAGAAGAGAUUUAUGUUGCCAUUAUUCUUCCAAAUUCCUUCUCCCAAAGUGUAGAAGAGGUGGAUUUAGUAAUAAUCAUCAUCGGCUCCAUCGGAGGAUUAUUGUUAUUCAUUCUUUUGGGAGUUAUCCUAUGGAGGUGUGGAUUCUUCAAAAGAGAGAAAAGAAAACAAGUUGAAGAAUUUAAACGCAAAAGUCGAAAAAUCCGAAUGGAAUCUGUUCGAAGCGGCAGAAGCGGUGCUGGGUCAAGUCGUUCCAAACCUUCAGAAGACCAAGAAACACUCAAUAAAAAGUUUGAUCAAAUGGACGAUACUUGUUUUACAACAUGAGUCUGUUUGCUGUCUAGCGUAAAAAUUUGUUUCAAAAUUAUCAAUGGAAUUGUCAAAACAUGUUUAUGUGCAAGAAAACUCACUUGUUGCUCAAGAACAAAAUGUCUCAUCAAAUGAGAUUGUCCGUCGCAUUUUUAUUGGAAAAGAAAAGAACCAUUUCUACAUUUACCGCAGGCAAUUGUUGCUCUAUGAUUGGGAUCUAAAUUACGUUUUCUUUAUGAUGCUAAGGAUGAAAUUUCUGUGACUAUAUUCUUUUUAAAUGAGCAAAUGCUAGUUGUAAAUGUACGAGUAUAUGUGUCAUCCUCAAAUAAUGCAUGUGCUUUCUCUUCUAGUGUGCUUGGAUACUUUAUGAUUUGUUUAUUCUUAAAUGUGCCAAUAAUCAAUAUGUUUUUAUAUAAAAUAUUUAUAUUCUAUAUGGAGAAGAAACAAUGGUAUGUAUGUCUGUCUGUUACAGAUAGUCUGUUUGUCUUUCUUUUAGGUAUUGUAUGGAUCGUUACUUUUAAUCGUUUGAUAGAAUGGAUACAGAUGUUCACAUAUUGUUGUCAAUAAAUUUAUUAAAAAAAAAUGUGGAUCAACUUUGUAAAUCUGUCACUUUAAAAUAAAUUUGAAAAAUGUUCAUAA